CAGCUCGACUUCCUCCAAACUCGCUCUCUUCACUCCCACACACCUUCUCUCACAACCAUGCGCGAGUGCAUCUGCAUCCACAUCGGCCAGGGCGGCAUUCAGGGCGGCAACGCCUGCUGGGAGCUCUUCUGCCUCGAGCACGGCAUUCAGCCCGACGGCCAGAUGCCCUCGGACAAGACCAUCGGCGGCGGCGACGACGCCUUCAACACCUUCUUCUCGGAGACGGGCGCCGGCAAGCACGUGCCCCGCGCGGUCUACGUCGACCUCGAGCCCACGGUCUGCGACGAGGUCCGCACGGGCACCUACCGCCAGCUCUACCACCCCGAGCAGAUCAUCUCGGGCAAGGAGGACGCGGCGAACAACUACGCCCGCGGCCACUACACCAUCGGCAAGGAGAUCGUCGACCUCGUCCUCGACCGCAUCCGCAAGCUCGCGGACAACUGCACGGGCCUCCAGGGCUUCCUCGCGUUCCACGCGACGGGCGGCGGCACGGGCUCCGGCCUCGGCUCGCUCAUCCUCGAGCGCCUCUCCGUCGACUACGGCCGCAAGUCCAAGCUCUCCUUCUGCAUCUCCCCGGCGCCGCAGAUCUCCAACGCCGUCGUCGAGCCGUACAACUCCGUGCUCUCGACGCACGCGCUCCUCGAGCACACGGACGUGACCUUCUGCCUCGACAACGAGGCCCUCUACGACGUGUGCCGCCGCAACCUCGACAUCGAGCGCCCGACGUACACGAACCUCAACCGCCUCUUCGCCCAGGUCGCGUCGUCGCUCACGGCGUCGCUCCGCUUCGACGGCGCGCUCAACGUCGACAUCACGGAGUUCCAGACCAACCUCGUGCCCUACCCGCGCAUCCACUUCAUGCUCACGUCGUACGCCCCCGUCAUCUCGGCGGAGAAGGCGUACCACGAGCAGCUGUCGGUCGCGGAGAUCACCAACUCCGUCUUCGAGCCCGCGGGCAUGAUGACCAAGUGCGACCCCCGCCACGGCAAGUACAUGGCGUGCUGCCUCAUGUACCGCGGCGACGUCGUCCCCAAGGACGUCAACGCCUCCGUCGCGACCAUCAAGACGAAGCGCACGAUCCAGUUCGUCGACUGGUGCCCCACGGGCUUCAAGUGCGGCAUCAACUACCAGCCGCCCACGGUCGUCCCCGGCGGCGACCUCGCCCGCGUCAUGCGCGCGGUCUGCAUGGUCGCCAACACGACGGCCAUCGCCGAGGCGCUCUCGCGCAUCGACCACAAGUUCGACCUCAUGUACGCCAAGCGCGCCUUCGUCCACUGGUACGUCGGCGAGGGCAUGGAGGAGGGCGAGUUCUCCGAGGCCCGCGAGGACCUCGCGGCCCUCGAGAAGGACUACGAGGAGGUCGGCGCCGAGACGGCGGAAGGCGAGGGCGAGGAGGAGGACUUCGGCGAGGAGUACUAGGCGCACCCGCUACCCCAAGACACCGCGGCCCCCCGCGCGCCCCGACGUCGCGCGGCCCCCGCCCGGCAGUCGCGCGGUGCCUCGGCCUGAGCAGCCGUCGCACUGCGCGCGCCCCGAACGAAGCGCCGUACUAAGCCGUACCCGCGC